AUGUCUAGGAGAAGAUGUUUUAAGUGCCAUGGUUUUGGGCAUUUGCAAGCUGAUCGUCCCAACAGAAAGGUUGUUAUGUUGUUUGAUGAAGAAGAUGAUUCCUAUCAUGAAGACAACCAACUAAUUGAGGAAGUUAAUGAGGAUGCCUAUAUAGAACCUGAUGAAGAUGAAGAAUCAUCACAACGAGAGGCCUUGUUCCACACGAGGUGUACAUCACACUGUAGGGUAUGUUCAAUGAUUAUUGAUGGUGGAAGUUUCACUAAUGCUUGUUCAGAAGAAAUGGUGACUAAAUUGAGUUUGGAGACGGAGAUUAUUAGGCACAUCAAUAAAAGAGAGCCAUUGUACAUAGCAGUAGCCGUGGAAGACUCACAAGAUGAGGAGCAUGAGUUAGAUACACGAGCUAAGAAGUUAGUUGCUAAGUUUGAUGAUGUGAUCUCUGAAGAUGCUCCGUUAGAACUUCCACCCAUGCACGAUAUUCAAUAUCAAAUUGACCUUAUACACCAAGAAUUAUUGCCAAACAAAGUAGCUUGUAGUACAAUCCCAUACAACAAGAUGAAACUCCAAAGAUUAGAUAAUCUAUUUGACCAGUUACAUGGUUCUAAGAUCUUUUCAAAGAUUUAUUUGAAGAGUGAGUACAACCAGAUUCAUAUGAGAGGAGGUGAUGAAUGGAAGAUUUCCUUCAAGACUAGCCAGGGCUUGUAUGAAUGGUUGGUAAUGCCUUUUGGUUUGUCGAAUGCUCCUAGCACAUUCAUGAGGCUUAUUACUCAUGUGUUUACACCAUUCAUUGGGAAGUUUGUAACAGUCUACUUUGACGAUAUCCUAAUUUAUAGCAAAGUGGAAUUUGAACAUGGAAAGCGUGUUGGUGCUGGAGGAGUUCUUAGCCAGGAAGGUAAACUCGUGGCUUAUUUUAGUGAGAAGCAAAGUGGAUCUAAAUUGAAGUACUCCACUUAUGAAAAAGAGUUCUAUGCUAUUGUUCGUGUGUUGCAACAUUGGAGUCAUUAUUUAUUACCAAGAGAUUUUUUGCUAUAUUCUAAUCAUGAGGCACUAAAGUAUCUUAGUCACCAACAAAAGCUCAAUGCAAGGCAUGCAAAAUGGGUAGAGUUCCUUCAAAAUUUUCAGUUCGUAAUCAAGCACAAAACUGGAAACCUCAAUCAAGUAGUUGAUGCUCUUAGUAUAAGACCAUGCUUACUUUCUAUGAUGCAAACUAAUGUAUUCGGAUUCGAUUAUAUCAAGGAGCUUUAUGAGGCUGAUCUAGACUUUGGAGAUGUUUGGAAGAUAUGCUUGGAGGGUCCACAAAGAAAGUUUGUAAUUCGAGAUGGGUUUCUUUAUUAUGGAAAGAAACUUUGCUUACCACAAAGCUCUUUAAGGGAGUCCAUUGUGACGGAAGCAUAUGAGGGUGGAUUAUCUGGUCAUUUUGGCCAUUCUAAAACAUUGAAGAUGAUUUAA